CGUCGUCAGUCUUGGGAUUGUUUCGUUGCGAUUCUGACGCUUUUGUUUUCUUCUGACGCUUCGGGUUCAUCUUUCAUCUCUGUUGUUUUCACGUUGCUUGAAGCAGGGGCAACAGUUUGGUUUUCUUCGGAGGUUUUGCAACAUUCAGACGGACUGGCUUUGCAAAUAGCGUUUUUCGCGAAUGUUUUAUUUUGCUAUUAUCGUGUUUUGCGGCGUUUCGGUAGAAUAAGUAAGUGGCUUCAAGUGGAAUCCCUGGACUAUUGGUAAAGCGUUUAGUGGAAGCAGCAACAAGUGGCUCUAAAUUGCUUUUGGUUUUUCUGAGUAAUAGUGAAGUGACCACCGGAUCGGUUCAGGUAAUAAUCUUCUUUGGUGGGAACGGGACGGCGGAUUGUCCAGUUUGGGAUAUUCGCGGAAUUUCACCUGUGUACCCUACAAAAAUCGACUCGGGUGAGGUCGUGCACAUCCGCUUAUCAAAGGGGGUGCAAUUCGAUAAGAUUCUAGACCAGUUGUGUUCAAUUUGGCGUCCGGGAGCUCCCCCUUCUGAAAUAAUCGAAUCUCCUUUGAUCAAGAAAACGUAGCCCCAAUUUCUCGUGAAACGUGAACUCGUCAAGAGUUCAAUCUCAUCUUUGAUUGGGAGCAAACGAGACGGCAAGAUUUUCUUUCCACCCAAGAGUGCUGUGGAAUCGGUGGAAUCCCAUCAAGAGACAAGUUCCCGAACCGGACCGGGGACAAACGAAGACGUUGACGACGAGGGAAAAAAACAUUUUUACACACAUCACAUUCGCCGAUUUUGGAAAAUAAUUGAAAAACAAGUUUGCAUGAACGGGACAGGCCAUCAAAGAGAAGAAAAAAACACGCAACACAACAACGCAGCGUUCCGUUAUAAUAUUUUGGCGUGUGGUUGUCGUCGGUUCCCAGGCCAGGGCCCAGGCGUGUAGUCUGCGCGGUGCAAAGCUAUCCAAGUGUGACAGUUUCACUUUUGGGUCGUCGUGAAAUCGUUGUGCUAAAAGUUUUAUACUUAAAUUUAUUUUCUCAUUAAAACCUUCGAUUGAUAAGGGGUCCAGUGACAAAUUUCCCUUAAACCACUGCUGGCUGAUAGUAAGUGAGUAGUGCUGCUGUCAACAGGUUUGCUUGCUAAUCCGGGUUGUGCUCCGGUUUUUGCGGUGAGAAAACUAUAAGUAUACAAAACCAUCCAAGUGGCCGGGAAAACGGGGCAACGACUGCUGAGCGAAAAACAUUGAGUCGAGCCUACUAUUACUACCUACUUCUUAGUCGAUCAACAGCUCCAGAAGAUCGAACCCGGUAUCAUCGUGAGAAAAUUGUGCGAAUCAUCGACCAAUUGACCAACCCAAUCCCAGAAAGUCAGCAGCCGGUACCCACUUACUUGUGAACAAUUACUCAUUAUAAUAUAAACACCCCUCAGUUUCGCGUGUGGGGUUUGGCACCGGAAUCAAAACAAAUUGACUGGACACAAACGCGGUGCUUCGUCUACGAAGACUAAUGUGGCUGCUCCGGAGAGAAACGCCUAGAGACAAUAGAAUUACUUAUGCAAAGCGCUUCUCCGGGUAGAAUCUGUGCCGCAGACCUGGUUCCGUCAGUCGAUCCGGAUCGAUUGAGCCGGCAGCAACAAGUGACGAACCCCUUUGGAGGGAAAAUUUUAAAGAAGCUUCCGGAGAGUUGCGCAAAACUUUUGGGGCUCAUUCAGUAGUGGUAAACAAAAAAGUUCAAAGAGCUGCAAUUAAAAUUUUCUAGGACUGUGUCCUCAAACAGCUCGAAACAGAAGCAAAAACACAACAACCCGAUUGAGUGCGCUCAUCAACGAACAUCCCGGGACGAACGGGACGAAGAGGCCCGCUAAUAGUUUUCAAAGUUUGUCGUUUGCCCUCAAGGGACUUUCCAAAGGCUGCGGCAGCGACAGACGGGGAAGUAAUUAAACAAAGUAGCGCAAUAAAAACCGACGACCUGACUUUGCUGCGCUGCUAACCUCCCGUAAAACCUGAUUGAUGUGCAGAAGAGCUAGCCACAUCAGCUGAGGAAAUCUGGCGAAAAGUUUGGCCCGAAGAAAAAAAGAAAAAACCAAACCGACUUACGUGAAGGUUAUGAUUCCAAAUUUUCGGUGAAAUUCGAAGUGAAAAGAAAAUCCAACGGCUCAACCUAGUUCCGCGAGGCGUCACGUGCAGAGGUACUUACUGCUCAAACUGGCGUGCGCUUACAGAAACACAUCGAGCUGUCUCCAGUAGUUUAGGUUAAGUGAAAAAGUUAGUCAAGUAAAAGAAAAAAAAAUCACAUCAAAUAUUAAAGCCUGAAGAGUUGUGUUGCCGUAGUACACUCUCUGGCCAGCGGUCGUCAUCAUCAUCUUUGACCAAUAAAAUCCCCAAGCAAGUGUUGUGCUGCUCGUCGUCGUUUACGAGACGGGAGUGAAGAAGAAGAAAAAAGAGCUGAAAAAAAUAUAAAUAUCCGCAAGUUGCCCCCGAGGAGAAGGAGAGAUCCAGCACCAUCAACAAGAUGCUAGUUCCGGGACAUGUGGUAUCGCUGUACGUGGCGACGGGUGGCCACAACGGUGCAGCCCUCGGGUCCGACGAGAAGGAGGUUGUUCUGCUGAUUUACGUAAUCAUUGAUGUGCAGACAAACAAUAUCGUCGGUGUCAAGCAGUACUUCGUGCGGCCCUCUAAUCCGCUACAAAUCGGACAGCACCAGAACAGCACCCUACUCAACAGCAGCAUCGCGACCAGUACCAGUAGCAUUAACAGUAGUCAGAACAACAUCAGCUCCAGCAAUACCUCGCUCGAUCAGACCAGCUCAAUCAACAACAUCAAUAGCAAUAAUACCAUCAACAAUAAUAACAACAACAACAACAGUGGUAGCAACAGUUCCCUUUUGGGAUCCGGAGCAGGUACCACCUGCCUAUCGCUGUCCACUUCCAACAUCCACAAUUCGUCUUCCUCGGCCGCUUCCACCGCGUCGUCUUCCUACGGAAGUGGGAACCUGCCAGGAACCGGAGCAGCAUCAUCCGCGGAAUGUGCAAUCAGCCAGGAGAUCGCGGCCAUCGAGUCGCUCAUUCAGUGCAAUGGACGACCCCUGGAGGAGGUGCUGGAACAGUUCGACGCCUACACCCGGUCGCUGCAGAUAGACCCUCAGGGGGCCGGCUUCCGGCUGGUGACCGAUGGGCAGCUCCCCUUGCGCCAGUGUCUGCACCCGGAAGCCAGUGCCAAAGAUAUCGGGCUGCCCAGUUACUACUGGCGGUUCAGUGACCUGCGGAAGGAGUACGUGCGCUACAAGGCCGGCGAUCUGGCCCGGGCCCUGGUACCGGUGGCGGAUGCGACCAAGCUGCACACGAUGCCCCGGCUGCCCCAGAUGCCCGGGUCCAUCGCUGAGAUUAUGCAAGAUCUGGAACUGACAGACUACAUGGAUAAAGAUCUUUACACCAAGGAAGCUCGCGAUAUGGUCACCAUCAUCCAGCACAUGAUAUCGUUAGGUCACAAAUUCGAAGCAAAUGAAAUCAUUAACUCAAGUUUAGAACCUGGAAUAUGCUCAAUCGAUGACGAAAUUGAUGGUACGUGCAUAGUGCGUGCUCGUGGAUUGCCCUGGCAGAGCAGCGAUCAGGACAUCGCUCGGUUCUUCCGGGGACUUAACGUAGCCAAGGGCGGCGUAGCCCUUUGCCUCUCACCACAGGGGCGCCGCAACGGUGAGGCACUGGUCCGCUUCACCAGCCAGGAGCAUCGCGACAUGGCCCUCAAACGGCACAAGCAUCACAUCGGCAACCGGUACAUCGAGGUGUACCGCGCCUCCGGAGAAGACUUCCUGGCCGUGGCCGGCGGAGCUUCGAACGAGGCCCAAGCCUUCCUCUCCAAGGGCGCUCAGGUGAUCAUCCGCAUGCGGGGUCUUCCGUACGAUUGCACCGCCAAACAGGUGCUGGAAUUUUUCGCCAACGGCGACAACAGUUGUACGGUGCUGGAUAGUUCGGAUGGAAUCCUCUUCGUGAAGAAGCCAGACGGUCGUGCGACCGGGGAUGCAUUUGUACUGUUCGCGCAUGAAUCGGAUGCGCCCAAGGCGCUGUCCAAGCAUCGGGAAUCCAUCGGGCAACGGUACAUUGAGUUGUUCCGGUCGACGACGGCGGAAGUUCAGCAGGUUCUGAACCGCUCGAUGGAUCCGAAAACGUACGAGCCUGCACAGCCGCCUCUGAUAGCCGCAUUGCCACCGGUGCAAAUGCCGCUACUGCCACAACACGUCAUCACCAGUGGAACCGAGAAAAACUGUAUCCGAUUGCGGGGUCUCCCCUACGAGGCCAAGGUUGAGCACAUCCUACACUUCUUGGAGGACUUUGCCAAGCACAUCGUCUACCAGGGAGUUCAUCUGGUGUACAACGCUCAGGGUCAGUUUAAUGGUGAAGCCUUUAUCCAGAUGGACUCGGAAGCUGCCGCCUUCCAGUCUGCGCAACAGAAACACCACAAAAACAUGAUGUUCGGCAAGAAGCAGCGUUACAUUGAAGUGUUUCAGUGUUCCGGCGACGAUAUGAAUAUGGUUCUCAACGGCGGAUUUCAGCAGGCUUCAAGCAUUUCGAAACCGCCGCUACUCUCACCCGGAGGAACCAUCAUGGGAGCUCCGUUCGCCGGCUUCAGCCCCUUCGGUCAUCAUCCACCGGCAGCGAUGUUGACCCCGAGGGCCCACCACCCGACUGCGGCCUUCUAUCCGCAGCCAAUCCUGUACUGGGGCUAUCCGAGCCCACCGGUCUCGCCGACGGCCUAUUACGGGGCAUCGGCAGCACCGCCACCCCCACCACCACACGGAGCGGCUCCAGCGCACCAUCUAGCCCCACCGACGAUGGCCGGCGCCCCCCAUCAGCUGCACCAUCACCAUCAGCCGGCACUGCUCUCCGUACCAACGGCAGCGGACCACCCGCAGAUGCUUUCGCCGGCCCUUCCGGUGUCCUCGGCUGCAGCCCUGCCCCAGCCCAGUGUAUCCCACCAGGGUCGUGAAUCAACAACAACAACACCACAACCAAGCACCGCUGCUGCUCCACUAUCCCCAAUUUCACCGGUUGCUACCACGGUUGUGGCCACGGCGGCAGCUUAUCCCAGUACUUCCCCGCCUCUGGUCAACGGAGGAACCACGGCGACGACACUUGCCCACAUGCAUCACCAUCAUCAUUUGCACCAACAACACCUCAAUCAGUCCCAUCCGGGGCACCAUCAUCACAGUCAUCACCAUCAACACCAUCACCAACAUCCACAGCACCUUCAUCAACAGGGACAGUAUCCGGUGCCCUCGCAGCAGCCAGCCCAGCCGCAGCCGCACACCUACGAGCACCACAUCCACGACAAGUUGGUAUCUCCGCCGGCCGGAAGUAUCCUAACGGCGGCCGCACCUUCGCUCAUCCCAAAUCAGUACGUCGAGUUGUUCAUCGUUUAGUCUGUAACCUGUAAUUCUAUACAAGAUAGCGAGUAUGCAAGUAUGUGUGAUUGUAAACGUUUGUCUGUGUGAGUUAAUGUUUGUAUGUGUGUGUUAGUGCUAUAUUUAUUCUUACACAAAGAUUGAAAAAAUGCAUCAACGAAACGCUGAUUUCGUCAUAGGACAGUUAAGCUUUAUUUAAAGUUUUUAAUCCACGUGAGUGUUUGCUAGUUUUGCCUAGAUUUAAAUCAUACAGAAGUUGAGGAAGAAGAAGAGAAAACCAAAAUAGUCUCCGUAAGCCAAUAAUCAGAAGGAAGAAAACCAACGAAAGAACGAAAGCAUUCCAACCUAAUCCAAGACACACAUAUCAAAGCAUAUUUAGCAGUUUAGGAAAGUUAGUUGUUAAGAAUGUUUAUUGCUUAAAGGCUGCAACCACUAGCAACCGAGCAGACCACAAGCUUAAUCCCACUCUAAUACUUAAGUACAACGCUAGUAGAAACACUCUACUACUAAGAAACCAUCAAGCAACAUUUAUGUAAUUGUAUACACCGUGUAUAUGUAUCUGUCAUCUAGACCCUAAGACCAACCCUAAGAGCCAACGAGGAGUUUCGACUCUGCUCAAAUUUUGUGAAUGUGCUCAGCUCAGAAAAAAGAAUGAUGUAUUUGCUCAAUAGAAACGCCCAGGUGUACGCGGAGAAUUCUCGCCCAUCCCGCAACCCAAAUCAAUAACUAAAUUCAAACUAAGUUCGGCCAGGGGUGAGAAUGCAUGCCGUCGUCACUGGUGCGCAUUACUGUUAAGUGCUAAGCUAAACCUUACUAGUUUGCUAAGACAAAGGUUAAAAUAACCGUCUUUGUUAGUCGAUUGUUAAGUUUACCCCAUCCCAGAUUGUUUUGAUAUUGUUGAUUUUGUAUGAAAAUUUUACACAAUCUAGUAGCAACUAACUGAAAAAAACCAAGCAACUGUUUCACGUUACGUCUUCCAAAAAUUUAUAGAAAACAACUCUACGCUAAGCUGCGCAAUAGCUCAACAGAACACAUGCUUCGUUAGCGUUUAAGAAGAUAUCAUCUCUAAUUUAUAACUAGUUCUAUGUAUUAGAUGAAAUCAAUUAUUUAAUAGACUACGAAAUUGCGAACACCCAGAAGAAACACCAACCAAGCUAAAUGUUCAACAGAAGAAAAUCUCGAAUCUGUGGUGCUUUUUUUGCGAUUCAACCAAAUUUGGCUAAGAAAUCUUUCUAGGAACGAUACAAAACUUUGAAAGGUGCUACCCCAUUCGGCAAUGUUACAUUAAUUCUAGAGAAAAAAAUGUCUUUCAACAAAAUUGUUAAGCUCAAAUCAUUAGCAUACAUUCCAACUUUAGUAAGUUAUUUUUUUCUAAAACUUAUCAAAAUUAAUCUUAUAUGUGUAGCACAUUCAAGCGAAUAGCAUCGAUUAAUAUUAGUACAGUUUGAGAAAAUGUUUCCAAACUAAAAUGAACUAAUGUGCAAAAAUAACUAAACGCCAUACUCGAAACAUGUCUCGAGUUUAAAUUCACGUACUUUUUUCUACAUUUAAACACACACAAAAUUAAAAAGACGACUUUCGUGCAGCAUUUUUUUCUGUUUCAUUCAGUUUCAUAUCUUAGAAUUCAAAAUUUAUAACAUGGAAAACGGAAUUAAGAACCUCAGAAUUCAAAACUCAAAUUUUGAACCUCGAACUCAGAAUUUCCGAAUUCAUAACUUACAAAUCAGGAUUCAAAACGCAGAGUUCAAAAUUCAGAACUCAAAGUUCAGAAUUUAGAAUCAAAUAUCAGAAUUUAUAGAUUUGGACAUAGAAUUUAGAAUUAAAAAAUCGGAAUUCAGCGCUCAUUCAAAAUGUAAAACUCGGAAUUCAGAACUCAGAAUUCUUAACCCAUUAUCCAGAAUUCAGAACUUUCAACUCAGAUCAGUCUGAUCCCGCAUUCAACAAGUUUUUUGAAUAUUUAUAUCCUCUGAAAGUAUGCAAAAAAAAUCUUUUAAAAGACACAAACAGCCCACAGGUGGAUCCUUGACGCGAAUUUUUCAUAAAAAAAUAAGUUUUCUACUGUUCGCUAGCUCCAAAAUUAGCCCCUUUCUGAUGAUAAAACUCAGAAUUUCAAAUUCAAAGCUAAAAACUCGAAAUUAGAACUCGAAAUCGAGCUCUGAAUUCAGAACUCGGAACUCAAAAUUAUGAAAUCAGAAUUGAAUAUCCAUAAACUAGCAUUCAGAACUCAGUAAAAGCUUUGAAUCCAAAAUUCAGAUAUUAGAACAGAGCAUUUAGAGUUCCGAAUUUCGAAUUCAGAACUCAGAAUUCGGAACUGAGAAUAAAAUAUUCAGAAUGUCAAAUUCAAAGCUCAGAAUUCAGAAUUCAGAAACGGAAAUCAGGACUGCAAUUUGAGAAUGUAAGAAAACAGCACAAAGCUCUUCGAGCUCAUAAAUCAUUUUUAAGUUCUUGAACUAAGAACUAGAAAUCCAGAACACAGGACUCAAAAUUUAAAACACAGAAUCCAGAGUUCGGAAAUUUAAAAACUUCAAAGUCAGAACUCAGAUAUCAAACUGAGAAUCAAAACUAGAAAUAAAAAAAAAUGUAAAUUCAGUCCUCAGAAUUCAGAACUUGGAAAUCAGAGCUCAAAAUUCAGAAAUAGAAAUUCAUAAUUCAGAGCAUUCAUAAUUCUGAGUUCUGAAUUCAGAACCAAGAGCUUACAACUCAAAUUCAGUACUUGUUAUUCUAAAUUCAGAUCUGUGACCUCAGAAUUCCGAACUAGGAAAUCGGAACUGAAAAAUCCGAAAUCAGAAUACAAAACUCCAAAUUUCGAACUCAAAACUUAGAGCUCAGUAAAAGCCUUGAAUAAAAAAUUCAGAAGUUGGAACAGGGAAUUAAGAGUUCCGAUUUACCAAUUCAGAACUCAGAAUUUGGAAUUGAGUAUCCAGAACUGAGAAUUAAAUAUUCAGAAAUCGAAAAUCAGGACUGCAAAUUGAGAAUGGAGGUCUCAGAGUUUAGAAUUCAGCUUUCAGAACACAAAGCUCAUAACUUAGCGCUCAGAAAUCAGAUUAAAGUUCUUAGAACUAAGAACUACAAAUCCAGAACUCAGGACUCAACAUUCCGAAUUCGAAACUUAAAAUUUAAAACACAGAAUCUAGAGUUCUGGAAUCGGAAUUAAAAAUUCCCUAGUCAGAACUCAGAUAUCAGACUGAGAAUAAAAACUCGGAAUACAGAACUUUUUUAAAUUCAGACCUAAGAAUUCAUAACUUGGAAUCAGAACUCAAUAUUCAUAAAUAGAAAUUCAUAAUUCUGAGUAUUGAGUUCUGAAUUCAGAAAUAAGAGCUUACAACCCAAAUUCAGUACUUGAAACUCGAAAUUCAUAUCUGUGACCUCGGAAUUCAAAACUUGGAAAUCGGAACUAAAAAAUCCGAACUAAGGAUUCUGAACUCAAAAUUCAGAACUCAAUAUUUAGAACUCAGUAAAAGCUUUGAAUCCAAAGUUCAGAAGAACAGGGAAUUUAGAGUUCCGAAUGACGAAUUCAGAACUCAGAAUUUGGGACUGAGUAUUCAGAACCGAGAAUUAAAUAUUCUGAAUUCCAUAUUCAAAGCUCAGAUUUCGGGUCUAGAUUCAGAAUUCAGAAAUCAGGAACUCAGGACUGCAAAUUGAGAAUGAAGGCAAACAGAGUUUAGAAUUCAGUUUCAGAACACAAAGCUCAUAACUUAGCUCAGAAAUCAGAAUUUCAAACUGAAAACUCAGGACUCAAGUCCAGAAUUCAAAACUUAAAAUUUAAAAUACAGAAUCCAGAGUUCAUGAAUUAGAUUUCAAAAUUCUGAAGUGAGAACACAAAUAUCAGACUGAGAAUCAAAACUAUAAAUACAAAAAAAAAUAAAUUCAGACCUCAGAAUUCAGAUCUUCGAACUCAGAACUCAAAAUUCAGAAAUAAGAAUUCAUAAUUCAGAGACCUGAAUUUUGAGUUCUGAAUUCAGGAAUAAGAGCUUACAACUCAAAUUCAGUACUUGAAACUCGAAUUUCAGAUAAGUGACCUCAGAAUCCUAAACUAGGAAAUUGGAGCUGAAAAAUCCGAACUCAGAAUUCGGAACUCAGGAUUCUGCACUCAGAAUUCAGAACUCAGGAUUUUGAACUCAGAAUUUAUAACUCAGGAUUCUGAACUCAGAAUUCAGAACUCAGGAUUCUGAACUCAGAGCUCAAGAUUUAGAACUCAAAGUUCUUAAUUUAGCACUUGAACCCAGAUUCAAAAUUCAGUCAACGGAAAUCCGGACAUCAAAUUUAGAACUGAAUCUGAAAUUUUAGAAUUUGAGAUUGGAGACCUAGAAUCCAGAAUUCCGAACUUAAAACUAAGAAUUCGGAACUCAAAAUUCAGAACGGAUAAUUGAGAUUUUAGAACUCAGACCUCAGAACUCGAAAAACAGAACUUAAAACUCAGAACUCAGAAUUCAGAGUUAAGUCUGACUUCAGUACUCAAAAUUCAAUACUAGGAACACGAAGUUUAGAGCUCUGAAUUCAGAAAUUAGAGCUCUAAAUUGAGAAAUAGCUAAUAAUUCAGAACAUAGGAUUCAGAACUCAGCACUCAAGAUUCAGUAUUUCAAAUUCAAAAGUUAGAACUCUAUUGCAAAACUAAUAUUUAUCAAUAGAAAUCAUUGGUUCACGGUUCAGAGCUUAUAAGUUAUAUUUCAGCAGAACUCAAACCCCAUAAUUUAGAGUACAUAAAUCCGAACUUGAAAUUUAGAAUCUUGCACCCAGAACUCAGAACUAAGAACUCAAAAUUUUGUACCUUCUCAGAUUUCAGAAAUGAAAAUUCACAACUCAGAAGUCCAAAUUCAGAACUCAAAAUUCAGAAUUCGGAAUCAUGAACCCAGAACUCAACUUAGAAAGAAUAUUCAGAACCGGAAUUCAGAACUCAGAAUUCAGAACGCCGAAAUUGAAAUCAGAACUCCUAAUUCAGAGCUCUGAAUGUAGGAUUCAGAAAUCAGAACCCCGAAAAACAUUCAGAAUUCGGAAAAAAUAGCCCGUAAUUUAAAUUUGAGAACUCAUUUUUCAAAACUUUGAGCUCAGUAUUCUGAAUCCGGAAUAAAAAAAAACUAAGAACUCUCAGUUCAGAGCUCAGAUUCAUGAUUCAAAUUCAAAAUUCCGCUUCGAAAUUCAGAGUUCAGAUUCAAAACUAAAAGUAACUAAAUUAUUUAGAAACAAAUGUUAAAAUUACCAUAAUAACCAUAUUUUCAUUAAAAUUAAAACAGAAUCAAGUUGUGACUUUCAUCUCGACUGUAAAACCUAACGAUUAUUUCGCUUAAACUAAACGAUACAAACGCUCAAGAAUUAACGAAACUAAUUUGCUCAACGACUUAAACGUUCCACUAAAAGAGAAAAGUCUUUAACUUUUUUGGAUGCCAAUUCUAGCGAGUAAAAAACAAUCCUAUAAUUUUCCCCUCCUUCACGAAAACAACUUAGUAUGUUUGAAAUAAAUUGAUUAGAACAUUCAUCCAUACCUAAAAUAAAAUUAUGAAAAAAAACUGAGGAUUUCAACAUCGUGCGAUAGAAAAGGCUGACCACUGAGUUGUUGCCUUCAACCGAGGUAAGCUAACUUUAACAAUGAAUCCUAUAAAGUGAGAUACAUGAAUGGUUGAACAAAAUAUAACGAAAAGAAAGAUGCAAAUAUUUACCUGUAAAACUGAAACAAAUUGAAAUCAAACCCAACAAACAAAAGCAAUAACUACAAGUGUUAAGCGAAAAUAUAUACAACUGUUACUGUAGAGUUAAUUUAAAGUUUAAUACAUCGUAUCCAUCGUUAGAGAAGUUGCUGAACAAUCAUCUAGUUUAUGAAUAUUCAUUUUUAUUCGCUUUCACCCAUAUAUGAUAUUCAAAAAAACAUUUUUUUUAUAUAUUAAAGAAAACAUUCUAAAUGUAGGUGUGAAUCAGACGAGGAGAACACACCACGAAACACUGCGAAAGUUGUCAGCCUAAACCGUAACCCGCAACUAGCCUAAUAGAUAAGCAUUAUAUGCUGUGCAAUAUGUGCGCCAAGCUGAUAUACAUACAUAUAGGUACAUAUGUUAUUUACAAAAUAAAGAAGUAACAUUUUUAUAUAA